AUGGCGCCCUUCGUCACUCGGCCGACAGGAGAAGCCGCGCUAGCUAACGACCACAGCGGUUGCCAUGACUGCGACCACGACGACCACGUCGACGACCACGCACACCUGCGUAGCUGCAUCCAGAACGAUGGUAUCGAGGAGAAGAAUCAGGACGUCCACGCCGACGCCACCUCGGCCGGCACGGCCAAGCGGGCGGCGAAGCGGAAACCUGCAGACGGCCGGCGUGCGCGCGUCAAGAAAGCCUGCGAGAGAUGUCGCAUCAAGCGCACACGCUGCGACGGCGAGCUGCCUAGCUGCGCCCGCUGUCUCUCGUCGGGCCGCACGUGCCAGUACCCGCCGUGCGGCGCUCCAAGGUGCAGCGGCAGCGUGAAAGCCGUGCUGGCCCACCUCAUCGCCAGGGACCAGCUUGCAGCUCGUUUGCGGCCCGAGCCGCAGCCCGAGAAGGUUGGCCAGCCGCCGGCGCUGCCACCGGAUGCCUGGGGCCUCAUCGACACCUACUUUGCAUACACCCAAAGCUGGCUACCCAUCCUCAGCCGGGUUGACGUCUACCGCGCGGCGCACACCUACUCGGCGAGCGGCAUCAACGAUGCGGGCACCUCGCGUAGUCCUGGAGCAACUGCCGCGCUAUGGGCCGUUCUCGCUCUGGCAUCGAGCCAGAGCACAACGUCUUCAUGCGACCGAGACCACUUCUACCGCGUGGCAAGAGGCCUGGUACCCGACGAGGUGGAGAGCUGCGAGCUGGGACACGCCCAGGCGCUGCUCCUGCUGAGCCUCGUCAGGUUCAGCGCGGGCUUCUGGGCCACGGCCUCACUCUUGGUCGGGCAGGCCAUCCAAAUCGCGUACCACAUCGGGCUGCACCAAGUGCGCCGCCCCCUUGAUAGCCAGGCAGCACCACACGCUCCCUGUCCCAAGGGGAAGCACAUCCUGCUAGGAUGCUUCAUUCUCGACACCUUGUACUCGGCCAGGCUUGGCCGUCCGCCGCAGCUGCGGAAAGAGUUCGUUCGCGGCCUGGACCGUCUAGACGAAGACAUGCUGGAGGAGUGGGACGUGUGGGCUGCUCCUCCCCACCUGUCCAACGCCGCGAGACGGCAGCCCCUGAGAUGGAACAGCACUUUCACGGAGCUGGGGAAGAUCCACGUGUUUCUCAACGACGUUAUAUGCAGCGGUAUCCAGCAGGAACACGCAUCUGAGCUCUACGCUGAAUUCUCCGACCGCCUGGUGAAGCUGAGCCGGGAGCUUCCCGGCCAUUGUCAACUCAACAUGUCGCGCGAGGAACCACAACUCGCCAACAACAUCCAUCAGCUGCAGGUAUACAAUCUGCACUUCGCCUUAGCCGCCGCGGCCAUGGUUCUCCAGCUAUACUUGCCCCGCCCCGAGAGCGCCGCCAACGUGGCCACCAGCCUUGGAAUGGGUCCCAACCUGUCAUCUCACGUCCUCGGCCUCCUUCGCCGCUACUCAGCCACAUUCGGGCUGGGCCAUCUCCCGCCGCAUCUCGACUUCACCGUCGCGCUGGCGACAGGGCUCUCGCCGCGGCCGCCUCCCCCCACCGACGACGACUGGAGCGCCGACACGAGAAUGGACACCCGCCAAGAAGCCCAUACCGCGCCAAUCCGCUACCAGCGGGUGCAGUUGGACGCCAUGGACACUGGCCUGCUCGCCUCGCCCGCGUCCCUCACGACAGCGACGCCAGAAGCGGCAUCGAGCCCAGCGACCAGCCUCGACGGCGCGUCUCACGCGGCUGCACUGAGCUUCCCCACGCCCAGCUCCUCGAUCUGCAGCGGGGGCACCGCGGCGAACGCAGAUACCGUGGCCCUGGGUUUCGUAGAGCAGGCCAUGCCAGGCCCCGACGAGCUAUCGGACUGUGCCAAGUCGCCAGACACGCCGGGCAUGCUGUCGGCCGGGAGUGUGGUGGUACCCGCGGCGUUCAGCGCACGGGCGGAGUCGGAGGCGCCGUUCGAGUUUAUCGACUGGCCGAGCGAGAGACUCGCGUUCGCGCGGUAG